AUGUUUUCUUUGAGGUCGCUUUCUUCGGUAGUUCUCGAAAACAAGUCCUUUCUUACCCAGACUCGUCGCUUCGCGCACUCUCGCGACAGCUACACUCGACUUUCGCAACUCCGUAAUGCGACAGGACCUAUAAACAAGAUGCAGAAUUCUCCCAGAAAACCCCAGGCCGACCAGAAACGGCGCAAGAAGGGCAGAGCCGAUCGGUCUAAGAACUCUGGCUUUGACGAAGUGCUCCAAACUGAUAUCGACCAGCUAUUGCUGAAGAACAAGCCUCAGACUGAGACCGAUGCUUCCCCCGCCCCGCCUGUUCUGCCAGAGCUCUUCACAGAAUUCGAAGUAACAGUAUCUGAGCUGUCCUCCACAGGUGAUGGUCUCGCACUUUCAGAGAACAAGGACCAUGUCUACGUUGUUCCCUUCAGCGUACCAGGAGAUAAAGUGCUGGUCAAGGUUGUCCGGCACCAUGAACCACUAUCGCACAGUCUGACGGACUUUAUCAAAGUCCUUGAGCCCGGGCCUCAGAGGAACGAUGCUGCAAUUGGGUGCAAGUACUUCGGCAAAUGCUCGGGAUGCCAGUUGCAGAUGAUGUCGUACGAGGACCAGCUAGCGCACAAGAAACGCAUCGUCGAGAAGGCGUACGCCAACUUCUCUGGCCUCAUUCCAGAGCUAAUCCCCGCGGUCGACGACACUUUCGCGUCGCCCUUACAAUACGGAUACCGGACAAAGCUGACGCCACACUUCGCGGCCGUUGGAGGAGCGGGAAGGGGGAAGAAGAAGACGAUACCAGAGGGAACUCCCAUUGAGGUGCCACCUAUCGGCUUCACAUUAAAAAAUCGACGCCUGGAUCUGGACAUUGAGGACUGUCCGCUGGGCACGGAUAUUGUUCGCCGAGGGCUCAAGACUGAGAGGAAGAGAGUCGCCGAGAACAUUCACAAAUACAUCACGAAAGGUGCUACGCUUCUUAUGCGGGAAUCGACCAAACGGAUUCCCAAGGAUGGCUCGGCCGAGACAGAUGCCGGCAUUGUCCAGAAGGAAGGCGAGGAUGAAAGCCCAGCAGAGUCCGGGGAUGUUAUCCGAAUUGAGCAUGACAAGUACAUCGAAGAGAAACGAUGUGUGACUGACAAUAACGCCACCUCGGUCGAAUACAUUGACGACUACAUCUUCACCAACAAGGCGGGAGCUUUCUUUCAGAACAACAACUCCAUCCUCUCCGGCUUCACAGACUACAUCCGCCAACUCGCGCUCCCCAAAGACAACGAAAAGGACGCCAAGCCAAUCAAAUAUCUUCUCGACGCCUACUCCGGCUCCGGUCUCUUCACUAUCACCCUCUCGCCUCUCUUCAAAUCGAGUCUGGGUGUCGACGUGGCCGGCGACUCCAUCAUAUCCGCCCGCGAGAACGCCCGUGCCAACGCCCUCCCCAACACUGGGUUCGCCGCGGCAGAUGCCGCCGUUCUCUUCAAGGAUGUCCCGUACCCUCCUGAACAAACUCUCCUCGUGAUCGACCCGCCACGCAAAGGAUGCAGCGAUGACUUCCUCCGCCAGCUGCUGAGCUAUGGUCCCCGCCGCGUCGUCUAUGUGAGCUGCAACGUGCAUACACAGGCGCGCGAUGUUGCCGUUAUGGUCCAGGGCGAUGCAAACUGCAGAUAUGAGAUUGAGAGUAUCCGCGGAUUCGACUUCUUCCCGCAGACCGGACAUGUGGAGGGUGUAGCGAUUCUUAAUAAGGUGCCCGCCUCGGCGUCUUGA